UUUUCCGCGUAUCCUCAAGCGCGCGCGAUCAGUCCGCAUCCCGAGCGGCGUGAUGGCAGGUUCUGCUUUCGUAUGCGUCAAAAAGUAGCAAGUUUAGGCAAUCACGUGGUUAUUUGUUGUGGUGCGUACGUCACACCGUCAGGACCGCGGCGACGAUGAACGGUCACCACUUUUCCGAGGAAAGGCCAGGUACCUGCAUCACUUUGCAUCGCACUUGAAAACGGAUACUAGAGCUUUGUGGUGGCGAACAGACACCUGCGUCGAAGAUAGUUGUCUUCAAAGUUGCACAACAGUAGCGAGGAGUGUGAGAUCGAUUCGUCGAUGUGCGGUUGUGAAUUGGUGAGCGGAUCAGACACGAUGAAAUGAUGAGGUUGGAUUAGCGUUUGACACAUAGUGCAUUCGCUGCUGAAGGAAGAAAAUGUUUUCUGCAGCGUGUUGGAUUGUGGCUAGUCUGCUGACUGUUGUUGAAGGUCAUAAGUGCGGUUUUCCCGGUCGACCAGCGUACGGUCGCGUGAGCCUCAUCAGGGAGUCGUACAGCGAAAGCACCACCGUCACCUACUCGUGUGAUAACGGCUACAAUCUUCUGGGACAGGCCACAAGGACCUGCCAAAGCAACGGUUCCUGGACUGGAAAGCUACCCGUGUGCGAUAUAAGCCUGGUUGUACAGAGGAUUCCAGAGACAUCUGGUUACUUGUAUGCCUACCCACCAAGCAAUGCUCUGGAUGGGAGCAAGAGCACCUGUUUCUACACCACCCAUCAACAGCCGCGGUGGUGGAGGAUAGACCUCGGAGAAGCCUACCACGUCUUAUCAGUAGCUAUCAGUGUUCCACAUGUCAAUACAAGGCAAGAGCUAACAGUAUCAGUAGUAAGCCACGAAGGAAGCAAAGCCGUUUUCAGCAGAUGUGCCUCCUUCAGCGGCAAAUUUUCAACCCAGACUGUAGUACUGAUGUGUGACGAAGGCAAAGGCCUCGUUGGCCAGUACGUCGACAUUGCAGACAAACGGAUUGAUGUAGACUACUUCAGCCUGUGCGAAGUUGAAAUAUUUGUUCGUAGAGAAAAAUACCCAUGUGGAGACCCUGAUCGGCCACCCAAGUCCUACACAGUGCCACUGUCACCCCAUGAAAUGCAGUACAGAUGCAUCGCUGGUUUUAAGUUGAGUGGAUCUUCCAGGAGAUCAUGCUUGCCAUCGGGCCAGUGGUCAGGAAGUACGCCAGAAUGCCUUGAGGUUGCCUGUCCAGCAUUAGCCCCACUGGAGAAUGGCCACGUGGCCACCGACGGCGCGAUCAACGGACGGCUGGUUCAGGGCAGCAAGCUGGUGUAUCACUGCGACCCAGGCUUCCUCCUGGAAGGUAAUGAGACCCGCGUGUGCCAAGAAGAUGCACGCUGGGGGGGUUACCAGCCCUAUUGCACCCCCGUGAAAUGCGACAUUCCAAAUGUAGAAGUAGACGGAGGGGUGUACACUUUGCUCAACGUCUCCACCACUUAUGGGAGUCUAGCUGAACUCAACUGCCACCUUGGGUACGAGAAGGUGGGCACUUCGCAUACGAUUGUGUGCCAAGAAGAUGGGCUAUGGAGCAAGCCCGAAUCUUCCUGCAUGUUAACACACAUUCAGCAGAAUCUAGAACACACUCAGGUAGAUGCAAAUGAAACCAACCCAGCCCUCACAGGGAUGGUGGCUGGAAUAAUAGCUAUAGCCUUUCUGUUUUUCCUCUCAAUGUGCAUCCUGCUCCUGUUGAAAAAAAACAAAUACUUUUCGAGGCAGAAGAAAACACCCCUGAAAGAUCGCGAAGGGACACCAAACAGCAACGGAGUUUCCUACACUGAGAGCAGCGGUACCAUCUAUCAGAACGAAGACUUCUACAUGGAAAUCCCCCUCAAACCUCCAACAAAUGGCACCGUCACAAAUGGCUCUACAAACGGCAUUUUGCAGCCACUCAACAACAACGUCAAUAAGGAGAAGGACAAGCCGAAUAGGAGGAAGAGCUCCACGCCGAGCGGUAGAAGCCUCGGCCCUUUACCGGAGAACAUAUACGAAGAAAUUUCCACGGGCGCUCGCAAGGCAACUGCUCCCAAUGGGGAUGUUAACCACAGUGCUUCUAACGCUGCAGAAGGUGAAUGCAACAGCCCAGAUGCAGAGUCAGCUCUCGAGUCCCCAGCUGUAUACGCGCAAGUAGACUUUGAACAAAAAAGGCGCUCAAGGCUUGGCAAAGAGAAGUGCAGCGACCCGGUUCGAGCAACUGCAGGAAGUCCAAUCAAGUUACGUGACCUCCCGCCAAUCCCUCCGCCCGAAGAUGAGGAACGCGGAGCGGGUGUGGCAAUGUCGCUCGUCGGUGCCGUUGCACCUCUCUCCUCGCUUGCACCUCACGUAGUGGAAGGCAACAGCGUCUAUGUCGGACAUCCUCUUGUGGCGGACGUUGACGACAACAGUAGCACAAUACCAAACGGGACUCAACAAAUCACAUGACAACAGGGACUCGCUCUCAUCACAGAGAGUUACAUGACAGAGGUCCGCGUCAUAACAAAGAGGACCUUCAGCAGGUUCAGGAGAUAAACGGCUUCUGCAGUCUUCAGGAUUAAUGACAAUUCACGCGUUUCAUAACAGAGAGCUGGUGUUAUGAACGAAGGCAUUCCGUAGAAGGACAUCACUUUGAGUAUACAGCUGCAGCGCUAACGAUAAAAAAAUUGACAUGAUCGCAUGAAUAUUACAAGUCCUUGUAACUUUGCGUUGCAAAGUACAUGCAUAACGCAGAAAGAAAACGUGUAGCUGCAAUCCGUGCUACGUACCUGCGAGAGGAAUCGGAGCUGAUUCACAACUACUACACACGAACAAAUUAGCAAGAUUACUAUGGGAUGUGUGCUGCAUAUAGGGUUGCCACCUUUCGUAGUGAAAAAUACCAGCUGAGGGAGAGGAGGUGGAAUAGAGGGAAAGGAGGAAAUGUUCACAGGAAAGGGAAAGUGGGUGAGGGGUGGAGAGUAUACAGAGAGAGAGAAAGAAGGAAUCAGCGUACUCGCUCAAGACAACAAUGAUAAUAAUAAUGAAUAGCUAAGAAAACGACUGGUGACUACGGAGUUGGGUCUGUGCUCCAGAUUUAUUCAAGCUGUAGUGGAAUGUUGAAAGGAAAACCCUGUAAAAGCCCCUAUGAGAGGUGUUGAGCCACAAAUACUGGCAAGAGGCUGCCGGUAUCACCUUCCUACCGGCAACCGGCAGAGCGGGCACAUAACCGGCUGUGCCGGUAUAAUACCGGCCUGGUGGCAACCCUAGCUGCAUAGGGUGCUGGACAAUACCACCGGUGGCAUAGCUGGGGGAGGGGAGACCGAAACCGCACCUUUGGUAGGGCUUUCGGGAAACGGAAACGAGGGAAAAAUCCUCCUUUCCCAUGUAAAGCUCCCACAAAACCCCUCCCGAAAUAUUUUUCUGGCUAUGCCAUACCACACUUUCGACCCGUCACUUUUGUGCUCAUAGAUAUACAGGGGCUGGUGAGAUGCAGCAAAAGCAGUUGUAGUUUCGUGCGAAAGCAAACAUCAACUCGAUGUUGUUAGCAGCUUGAUUUAAUCGAUGGAGACAUCACACGAGCCAUGCUUCCAUGACUGUCCGUCCCGUCUAUGUAUCCGUUCCCUUUCAAAAUAUAAUAUCUGCUGUGACUCACAGAAUGUGUUAUUUGACUUUGCCAGUUUUUCUGUAUGAAAUGUGUAACAUGCAAAACUGUGCAACAAACAGGAACAAAAGAAGCAUAUCUAACUUGUCGUGUUAGGCCAUGUCAGUUUAUGCUGUAGAGGGUUAGACAUAAGCAGAAGUACCAUUAAAGGUCUAGUCGUGGGAUGUUGUGAUCAAGCCCUUUUUGGUAGAAGACUUCCUCUGUUGAGCGCGUCUGAUAUAUGUGUACAGUUAAAGAACUUAUUUUGAUUACAGAGGAGUUAAUAGUGCUGGAACACCCAAAGAGUCUUAGUCCCUUCAUACGUUAUGUACAGAGUGUACAUAGAUUUUACAGUGUAUUUAUUUGUACAGGUAUACUCUACUGUGCAUGUGUCAAAUGAUAUAAGGUAUUAUGACUGACGUGAGUACUGUGAAACAGAAUAAAUGGUUCUUUUACAAAACAGUGAUGUACUCGCUUUUGUGUGAUGGGAAUAGUGCCAGGUCCCAAACUUUGCUUCCAUGUGUGUGGCUACAUGGGGCGUUGAAAAGUGGAAGCAAGGAGAUUUGGCAAGGCACCUGGUAUUCUUUCUUUCAUCGUC